AUGAAGCCCUUCCUUGUGCUAGCAUCACCUAUCAAAUCUCUUGGUAGAGUUAGAGAUGACGAGGAGGAGCUCAGAGAUGGACUUGAUGCAGUCGUUGCAGGCCAUGAUGGAGGGUAUAGUAUAGGUGGUGAAGGUCCAACCGAUUAUUUUCACUUUUUGGUCCGGUUUUGCCCCCAUCCCAUCGGUGGUUUUCUUGGACCGGUCCUUCGCCUCUUUUCUACACCUCCGCCUUCGGCCCGCCCGCCGCCGCGCUCUUGCCGGAUCUUCCCGCAGCCUAGCGUCGAUGUCGCCGGAGAGCCGCUGGUCCACGACGUGUGCACGUCGGUGGUGGUGUCUGGGGUCAUCCUGGGGCUGCUCCGCUUCUGGGGGGAGUUGGCCAAGCGAGGAGUUUUCGAGCAGUUGAGGAAGCCACGCACCAUUUCUUGCAAUUGUAGCACCAGGGAUCAAUAUUAUAAGGAUGCUGCUCAUGGAACUGGGAAUAUGGAGAAACAUUGCUAUUGUCAAGUCAAUAAGCAGACACGAAGACUACAGGUGUGGCUGACAUAGUAGGAAGGUGAUACGGGAGCCAAAAGCUUCCUUACAACCCUAACAAGUCCUUUGCUGGUACCCUUGCAAUGGUAUUUGCAAGUUUCAUAGCACAGUUGGGUACAUGCAUUACUACCACUUGUUUGGCUUUGUUGAAGAAAGCUGGGACAUGGCCAUGCACUUCUUUGUUGUGUCUCUAGCUGCAGCAUUUGUGGAGUCGCUUCCCAUCAGUUCUGAGGCGGAUGACAAUUUGACAGUUCCUUUUACUUCCGUAUUGGGUGCUGGUCUUCUUUCUUAGUUGCAUAAGAAGGUUGGAUCUAAUGUUGUACACCACACGAAAACAUUGCACCUAGAUGUGUGUGACUCGGUGAGUGGAGAUUGUUUGAAAAAUCGCAGGUGUUACCAAUUCUCUAAUGUCAGCUUCUGACUAUGCAAUUACAUCCACAAUUAUCAAAUUCAAUACACUAAAACAAUGAUCUCGUGUAAAAAUUGAUCUGUGAGGUUUUAUAGUGUAACGCUAUUGGAUCAAAUGCUGGAAGGAACGAAAGGAACAGCAAAUUGCAUCACACAACCCCUUAAAACUCAAAUUACUGCAUGUCAAAUUCCACAGCGGCAGCUCUCUACGUUUUCAGUAUUCUACCCCAGCUUAUCAAGUUCGUCUAUUGGUAAUUUAGAAACCUUACAAACAAUAUUUUGCUUGAGCUAGUACCCAUGUUUUGGGAGAUUUUGUUAGC